AUGAAUAAACUUCCAAAUUUAACUCUUUCGAGUAUCCAAAGACCUCGCAGUAUAGAGCCAUCAAGCAGGAACCUCAAUAGUUCAGCCACUUAUAGAAGACUGCAUCUGAUGAUAAGGGAUAGGGAUACAUCACGCUUCCUAGACCUCUCUUACCUGACUCCUACAAAUAUGAAUUCAUCAAGCGAUCCGUUUGACAUAUCAGCACAAUUAAAAACUCUCCACAAAACUUUUAACCAGACGACAGACAAAACUAGCCGAAGACAAAAAACACUAAAAGCUCUAACAUCUGAACUGGCGUAUUUAAAGCAAGUUGAAACAGAUAUAGCCUAGGACAGCUUCUAGCUUGCCCUGGUCCAGCGGCUUCUUUUCAACUUGUGGAGUUGGUUUGGAACCGAAAGUUACUAACUCCCCCCCCCCCUCCGUGAGCGAACAAAAAAAUUUUGUUCACUCACGGAGGGGGGUUAAUUUUUUUUUUAAAAAAAAAUUAUAUAUAAAUUUUAUAAAAAAAUAUUUUUUUCGAAAUUUAAAAAAAUCCUAAUUUGCAAAAAUUGGGAAGCAAAUAUUAAUUUAAUUUGCAAAAUUUAUGUUUUAAAACGCAAUUUGUUUAAAAUUAAACAGAAUUAGCUCUAGAUUUCAUUAUACUAAUUAUCACUUAUAUAUCAAAAAUUUUUUUCCAUUAAAAUUUUUUCUAUUAAAAAAUUUUUGUUCGCUCACGGAGGGUGGGUUUUUGGUCAAAAAAUGGUGAUUUUUCUAAUGGUUUUGUUCGCUCACGGAGGGGGGGGGGGAGUAAGCCAAUUUCACUAGUUGACAAAUGGCAAGUCAUUCAAGGUGUUGGUUGGCAAAUUUGAUUCCAAACCAAUCCCAAGAGUUAGAGUGAAUAUUUCUUGCUAAGGACGAACUAAACGCUGUCCUAGGCUAUAGGAGUCUCCAAAUUGAGCAAUUCAAAGCUAAAUCCAAAGAACUUUCUAAUAAAAUUAAAAAGAUUCAGGAACAGGUUUUUGCAGAAGAAGAUAACUUAAACACUUAUUUUCAUAUGCAGCAAAGGAUGCUUGAGACCAUACGGCUCCUUGAUCUCCAGAGAUCUUUUAUAAGAAAAAAUUUAGAAUUGCAAAAAUUGUCUUUAAGCUCCAAAAAGUUCGAGAAUUUGAAAAAAAGAGAAGACAAAAUGCGUACAAAAUUUGUAUUGGAAAAGCUGAGGGCUGAAGUAAAGCUUCAGAAGACAGAUAGAAUAAUAGAGAUUGGGAAACUCGAUAGAGAUUUGAGAGAAAAACAUCAAAUUUUAGAAGAAACUGAAAAGAGAAGAGAGCAUAAUAGUUUUUUAUUGGAGCACUCAAUUGUGAAAGCUAUUGCGGAUAGCGAUGAAGAAUUGAGGGAGUCUGUAUUAUUUCAUAAGUUUUGGGACCAAUUCUUGACGAAUUAUUUUGAAAAGGAAAAAAAGAAGAAUAAAAAGCUGGAAUCAGCAUUUACUCCGUCUCCAUGAGAGACCAAAAAAAUUUUGUUCAAUCGCAGAGGGGUUUAAAUUGUUUUUUUAUUUAUAGUAAUUUUUUUUCAAAAUCUAAAAAGUUCAAAUAUUAAUUUGAUUUGUAAAAUUUAUGUUUUUUUAAAAUGAAGGUGUUUGAAAUUAACAAGAGAUUUCAUUAUUACUAUUAUCACUUAUAUAUUAAAAUUUUUCUUAUAAAGAAUUUUUAUAUUAAAAGUAUUUUGUUCAGAGGCGGGUUUUUACCCAAAAAUAAGGAUUUUUCUAAUGGUUUUGUUCAGGAGGAGAGUUAGAAAAAUUAGGAUGGCGACUGGAGUUACUGAUAUCAGGGAGAUUGUUGAUAGACUUAUACAUAAAAAAGAUGAAAAUACAGAAUUAGCUGCCGAAAUUGCCCAAAAAGAAAAAGAAUGCAAUUAUUAUGAAAAGAAAAUAGAAAUGAUAUCUAAAGGAGUAGCAGCAAUUGAUGCGUCUCCAAAAAAUUCUUUGAUUCCGCUUACUGCAUUUUAAAAGAUUAGGGGUGUUAGGGUGUUAAAAAUUUAAUAUUCCUAAACCAAAAAAAUUCCGUCUUAUUUUUUUCCCAAUGAAAAGUUAGUGGUAGCCAACAAUUGCAAGAAGUAAGAAAAGAACUAGAAGAAUUAUUAAAGAAGAAAAAAGAACUUUUAUCCUGCUCAUCUAAAAUAAAACUUUGAUCUGAUAAAAUGAGACAGAGAAUGAAAAGCCUAAAAAAUAGUGAAUCAGCUGAAAAAAUUGCUGAUUCUUCGCUUAAGACAAAUUUUGAAAGCUUAAAAAAUCUUUCAGUCGAAAUCCUUUCCAAUUUUUCAAAAAAUUCCCCGCUAAAAACCGAUGAUGCCAGAGUAGACACCGUUAAGUUCAAGCAAAAGAUGUUCAAAAAGAAAUUCAAAAAGCUAAUUUCAGAUGAAUCCAAUAAUAUUCUCAGUGAUCUGGCAAUGCGCAGAGAUUCAGGAGAGGUUACAGUAAAAUCAAAUAGACCAUAA